AAGUCAUCCUAUAAAUACACACCCACUCAUGCACAUGUUCAUGAGACUCUUGUAGUAAGAUACAUAAAAAAAAAAAGGAAAGGAAAAGUAUAGAGAGAGAGAGAGAAGUAAAUUUGAAACCAAAAUUUGAAACAAAUUUUAAUCUCAAAUUGAAGGCUAGUGGGAGAGAGAGAGAGAGAGAGAGAGAGAGAGACAUAGCCAUGGGGAGGCCACCAUGUUGUGACAAAGUAGGAAUCAAGAAGGGGCCAUGGACACCAGAAGAAGAUAUAAUCCUGGUUUCAUACAUCCAAGAACAUGGGCCAGGGAAUUGGAGAUCAGUUCCUACCAACACUGGCUUGAUGAGGUGUAGUAAGAGCUGCAGAUUGAGAUGGACUAACUACCUAAGACCGGGAAUAAAGCGCGGAAAUUUCACUCCUCAUGAAGAAGGGAUCAUCAUCCAUCUCCAAGCUUUGCUAGGUAACAGAUGGGCGGCUAUAGCUUCUUACCUCCCUCAAAGGACAGACAACGAUAUCAAGAACUACUGGAACACCCACCUGAAGAAGAAGAUCAAGAAGUAUCAAGCCGCGGCCGGAAACUACGUAGGCUCAUCUGAUUCGACCACCGCUAACCACGAGCUUAUGUCCAAAGGCUACAGCACUGAUGCUAUGAACAAUCCUCACUCUCCUCUCCCGCUCUCCGCUGCUACUAGCUCCUCCACCUAUGCCUCGAGCACCAAGAACAUCUCAAAGCUUCUAGAAACUUGGAUGAGGUCCACAACGCCUGUAGAUACGAAACAACCUGAAGUGAAACAGGAGCAAGGGAUCAGUGUCAGUGACGGCGCGGCUUUCGGUACCAUUCCGUCAUAUUAUAAAGGGAACAAUAUACAAGUUAAGAGUGAUCAAGAUAGUAACUGCGUGCUGAGCGGCGCGAUGGGCCACGAAGAGCUCGAAUCGCUGCUCUCGUUCGAUCAGCUGAAUAGUAUCUCUUGGGAGAGAUCAACAGAGGAAUCGGCGUAUUACGGGUCACAGCAUGCAGCAGUAGCAGACACGGAAAAGCCUCCGUUUUCUUUGCUCGAGAAGUGGCUGCUGGAGGAAGCCGCCACAGGGCAGGUAGAUCUUAUGGAGCUUUCGACCGGUUGCUGCUCAGAACCGAUGUUCUAAUAAUGAUUAAUUCAUACAUCAUAUAAAAUCGCCAACAACUGUAUAUGCAUGAGAUGAAAAACAAAGCAUCAUGCAUUUAGCUUGCCUAAUUAAUGACUUAUUUACUUUAAUUUGUUACCACCUUGAAACCAAUGAGAAAGGCAAGGUUGGUAGCUUAUUAGCAUGUAUAAGUGAAUGAACAAACAGUUUUAUUGGUACUACAUGAUAAAUUAUACAAUAUUUA